AUGUUCUCGCUUCAGCCCCUUGACCUCAUUAGAUCAUUUUCUAAGCUUUUUGAGUCAUGUGAAGAAAUCUUAAACGUGGAAGUUCCGAGAGACUUGCGAACCAAUGCAAUUAGCAGCGACUGUACGAUUGUUGUUCUCCGCGGAGAAGGUGCAGAAGAAAAAACAUUGGCACUCGAUGAAACUGACAUGGGAGGAUGGAUCUUAUCUGCUACAGUUUUACCGCCAGAACUCAGCAAGCUUAGUUCUGGCUUGAGUACUGCUGAGUUGGCUGUCAGGAGCCGAGGCAUUUCUGUUACUGGAUAUGACCCUUCCCUCCCUGGAGAUGUUGUUAAGACUGAUUUGACUAACCGCUUUUCUUCAUGUGGAAAGAUCACUGAUGUUUUUGUUCUUAACAGUCGGGCUUUGAUCUAUCUCUUCGGAAUAGGUGCAAUACAUAACGCGUUGAGCCUUUGUCGGAGAGGUGACUCGGAUACAAUGAAUACGUUACCUGGUGAGGUGUUGACAUUGCCUGGUGAGAGCCAUGUUCAAGUGAUGGAAUCGUUCUACGACUUUGUCAAAAGCAAGGUGAGGAUUGGGGUUGAGGGGUACAACAUUUCCUCGCUUCAGACCCUUGACCUUGUUAGAUCAUUGUCGAGGCUUUUUGAGUCAUGUGGAGAAAUUUUAGACGUGGUAGUUCCGAGAGACUUGCGAACCAAUGCAAUUAGCUGCAGCAGCGGCUGUACCAUUGUUGUUCUCCGCGGAGAAGGUGCAGAAGAAAAAGCAUUGGCACUCAAUGGAACUGACAUGGGAGGAUGGAUCUUAUCUGCUAGAUUUUUACCGCCAGAACUCAGCAAGCUUAGUUCUGGCUUGAGUACUGCUGAGUUGGCUGCUAGGAGCCGAGGCAUUUCUGUUACUGGAUAUGACCCUUCCCUCCCUGGAGAUGUUGUUAAGACUGAUUUGACUAACCGUUUUUCUUCAUGUGGAAAGAUCACUGAUGUUUUUGUUCUUAACAGCCAGGCUUUGAUCUAUCUCUUCGGAAUAGGCGCAGUAGAUAAGGCGUUGAGCCUUUGUCGGAGAGGUGACUCGGUACUCCGUGCUAAAGCCUUGCCAAAACCUAAAAGGAAAAUUAACCAUGAACCCGCCGCCUAUGAACGUCCUUUUCUCUGA